AUGCCUAGCGCCACGGGACAGAACUGGGAGAAGUACCAGAAGAACUACGCGGAUGACGAGGAACCAGAGAAGAAGAUCACACCUCUUACAGACGAUGAUAUCGCAGUACUCAAGACCUACGGCGCCGCCCCCUACGCAAAAGCUCUUCAGAAGCUCGAGAAGGAUAUCAAGGAUAAGCAAGCAAGCGUCAAUGAGAAGAUUGGUGUGAAGGAAUCCGACACUGGUCUCGCGCCUCCACAUCUUUGGGAUGUUGCUGCUGAUCGACAACGGAUGGCUGAGGAGCAACCGCUCCAAGUAGCUCGCUGCACAAAGAUUAUUCAAGAUGAGAAGGAUUCAGACAAGAGUAAAUAUGUCAUCAACGUCAAACAGAUUGCCAAGUUCGUGGUCAACUUGGGAGAGCGUGUCAGUCCAACAGAUAUUGAGGAGGGCAUGCGAGUUGGUGUCGACCGGAAUAAGUACCAGAUUAUGCUUCCGCUACCACCCAAGAUCGACCCUAGCGUAACAAUGAUGACGGUGGAGGACAAACCAGAUGUGACUUACGGCGAUGUCGGUGGCUGCAAGGAACAGAUCGAGAAAUUACGAGAAGUCGUGGAAAUGCCAUUGCUAUCACCGGAAAGAUUUGUCAACUUGGGUAUCGACCCUCCCAAGGGUGCUCUGCUCUACGGUCCUCCCGGUACCGGUAAGACUCUUUGCGCCCGUGCUGUUGCCAACCGAACCGAUGCCACCUUCAUUCGAGUCAUUGGAAGUGAGUUGGUACAGAAGUAUGUUGGUGAGGGUGCCCGUAUGGUCCGUGAGCUCUUCGAGAUGGCCCGUACCAAGAAGGCCUGUAUCAUCUUCUUCGACGAAAUCGAUGCGGUCGGCGGAGCUCGUUUUGAUGACGGUGCCGGCGGUGAUAAUGAAGUUCAGCGAACUAUGCUGGAACUUAUUACACAACUUGAUGGUUUCGACUCUCGUGGUAACAUCAAGGUCAUGUUCGCUACUAACAGACCUUCAACUCUGGAUCCCGCCCUGAUGCGACCUGGUCGUAUUGAUCGAAAGAUUGAAUUCUCUCUACCUGAUGUUGAGGGUCGUGCCAACAUUCUGCGUAUUCACGCCAAGAGCAUGUCCGUGGAGCGGGACAUUCGAUGGGAGUUGAUCUCUCGUCUUUGCCCCAACGCCACUGGUGCGGAAUUACGCAGCGUUGCUACAGAGGCUGGCAUGUUCGCGAUCCGUGCUCGACGAAAGGUGGCGACCGAGAAGGAUUUCCUGGCUUCGGUAGAGAAGGUCAUCAAGGGUAACUUGAAGUUCAACUCAACAGCCACGUACAUGCAGUACAACUAG